AUGUCCGCAUCCGCAUCGCACUUCACGUCGCAGCCGCCACAACUCCACGCAUCGGCAUCGGCGUCCACCAGUAAUGCGCCCAGCUCGCCCGACAAGAGCAACGAGGACGAUGCCGACAAGCCAAAACGCACCCAGACCUGCUUCCGAUGCCGCCAGUCCAAGGUCAAGUGCGUAUUCGAGGACAAUGCUUCCUGCAGAAGGUGUCUGCGUCUCGGCGUCACCUGCGAGCUCCAGGGAAAGCGCGAGCCGCUCAGCUGGCAGAUGAGGGUGCAGCAUCAGCUCGCCGCACUCGAAGGCUCCCUACAGAGCUUCCUAGAGAAGCAGAUGGGACCGCAGCCCACUUCGUCGUCAUCCGACCCUUACAAGCGCGCCAGCUUCCCCCGAUCUAGAGACUCGCCCUCCACCACUCCAAACGCAUCCAGGUCACACGACCACGACGCCCCGAAGAAGAGGCGGCGCACCAUCGCCACCGAACACCGCUCGCCGUCCGAUUCCCACCAGCAGCAGCACAUCUACGGCCACGCUUCUUCGUCCAGCAUCCACCCCGCGCAGAGCCCCAUGUACGGCGACGGCAACAGCGGCUCCGCUUCCAGCUACCCCUCGACACACUUUUCGCCGCGCGAUUCGGACCGCGCCAAUCAAAACCAUAGCGGCAAUGGCCUUCUCGGCUCGGCGGUCGCACCAAACGGCCAUGCCAGCUCGCCAAGGCACAGAUUGACGUCUGAGAAUCCGGGAGCCUCGACGCAUCUCGCCCCGCCUCUCGCCUCGUCCAACCUCGCAGCUGCUGCCAGCUCCUCGCUCGACAACGAUCACACUUUGCCAGCAGACGAUGUGGGCGCCGACACCCAGCGCUCCGCCUUCCAGACCGACGACGAGCUCGACCAGGCGUCGCGCCCACUCUCUGCCAUCCAGAAGCUCAGGAUGAGCGUGCUCGAUCGCAAAAAGGAAUACUCCCACUCCGGCGAGCGAGUCUUCCCGAACCUGUACCGCCUGGCAACGCCAGACGUCGGCAGCAACGACCCGCGUCCCAACGUCAUCAAGCAGGAACUCGUCACGCCUUCGGACGCAGUCGUCCUUUUCCGCUUCUUUGCAGAGUAUCUGGAUCAGUACAGCUUUGGCUUCCCAACCUACCGGCCCGACGCCAUCAUGUCACCCAUGAUCCUCACUUCGGUCGUGUGCGUCGCUUCGCUCCACCAUGCCCAGCUCAACCGCCUUCAUGCGCCUCUAAAAAACGACCUCAUCUCCCGCCUUCAGACCGACGACCCUUCCUUCCCCUGCUCCGACGUCUACGAGACGCUCUUCUCGUCCACGGGCCAGCGUGCCUCGCGCCUCCGAUCCAACCUGCAUUUCGAAAAGGAGCUCGAUCCCGAGCUCGGCAUCGGCGUCGAGGAGAUCGUGGGAGCCAGCCUAUUUGCCAGCUGGUUUGGCGGACGCAGAGCUUGGAUGGCGUCGCGCCUCGCCAGGUGGUGGUCCGCCAAGUUCUUGCGCCAGCAGCAGCAUCCGGCCAUGAUGACCAUGGGCGAAAUCAUGAGCAUCCUCCCUCCGCCGCGCGACCUGGGCAAGCAGGACCUACUCCGCGUCUGGCUCAGCGCCUACAUCACCGAGAUCCAUCAAGCGUGCAUGGAGGGCACGCCGUCCAUCGCAGGCCUCUCGUCGCCCCAUGCCGUGUGCGACUCGCUCCAGUUCGCAAAGGGUCUCUCGCAGCGUACGACGCUGCGCGAUCGCGUGCUCAUCCUCCACUCCAAGAUCGCUUGGAUCCUUAGCAAAGCCUACCACAUUGCCGGUCUGGGGUCCUUGGAUUCUGCACAGGGCGACAAGCCGGCAGCGUCCAAAGAGAGCCCCUCGAGGAGCUGCCAGUCGUGUCGCGACGGCUCGACGAUCGAGACGGGCCAGCCAACUUCGGUGACGGGCGAUGCAGCUUCGUGCUUGCAAGCCAUCCUUGACGCCUUCGAGGAGCUCGACUCGUGUCAGGAAGAGAUGGCGGGUCGCUUGGACGCCGAUGCGACCGGCGAGUCGGAAAGUAUGCUGUACCUGGAUCUCUUCCUCGCACGCGUGCUCAUCGCCUCGAUCGGAUGCGACUUUCUCGACUCGACGCUGUGGGACGGCAGCCUCGGACAGCUCUCAUCCAAGACGCGCGGCAAGGACAAGAGCUCAGCGGAAGCGGAUCUGCAGGGCCUCCGCAGUCGAACGCUGCGCGAAAGCCUCACACGCGGCGUAGAGGGUGCGCUCCGAUCGCUCGAACUCGUCUGCCUCCCCACGCCCAGCACCACCACGGCAGGCUCAAACAGGUCGGACGGAAGAAGCUAUGCCGAGGUGUCGAUCAACAUGCUGGUGCUCCCGCUAUGGUUCCACUGGGCGCUGACGAGGUCGGUGCUCUUCCUCAUGAACGUGCUGGCCGAGUAUCCGGAACGACUGCUGCCGCGCGAUCGAACACGCAGCACCGAGCUCAUCAAUCUGUUCCUCGACGUGUAUGCAAAGCACAUUGGACACGCCAACAUGGUGCUGGAGCACGGCACGGGGCACCGAACGCAGUCGGCAAACUACGGUGGAUCCGCCUGGUCGCCUGCCGACGUCGAGAUGCACGCUCGCGGCGGCGAUGCGCACGAUCUGCGCCAGUCAAACGGCGCUGCUGGAGUAGCGGACCCCAACGCGACUACACAGGCGUCGUGGCAGCCGCAGACAUCGGCGCAGGACGCGAUUCAACACCCUGCAACACCGCUACUCGACACACUCUCGCAGUGUCUCACUUGGGCCCGCCAUGGAGGCGUCAUGUAA